AUGUCAUUACUAUUAGGUACUAAAGGGAUAUUCGGUAUAGGACUUUCCGAUGGUAUCGAAUAUGCAAGUGUACCGAUAUGUAUGGCUGGCGCAGACGGUCAGCAAUAUGUAUAUGGGUAUAUACCUACAAUAGUUGCAAAAUGUGGAAUGUAUCUAAAAGAAAAAGCAACAACGACGGAAGGUAUAUUUCGUUUAAGUGGAUCUGCGAAAAGAAUAAAAGAAUUGCAAGCGGUUUUCGAUUCUCCACCUUUAUACGGAAAGUCAUUAACUUGGAUGGGUUAUUCCGUACAUGAUGCCGCAAAUAUACUGCGAAGAUAUUUAAAUCAUUUACCGGAUCCAGUCAUUCCACAGCAAUGGUAUGAUCAAUUUCGGUCGGUUCAUGGACAAAAUUUGAUGCCAUCAAAAAAUUUGGCAUCAAUUUUUCAGCCGGGUAUUCUUUCACACCCUUCUCACGAUAUGGCCCCUGAACAAUAUAAGUUAUCUCAAGAGGUUUUGGAAUUCCUAAUUGAUUAUCAAAAUUACUUCUUGAUGUCCUUACCAAGUUCUACAUCAAAUGAUGUAACGGAAGAGAAGACGACGACUUUAAAUAAUAAUGGGUCUCAAGAAGGAAAAGAAUUAUCGAAAGAUACAGAAGGAUACUAUCGUGGGAUCGAUAGAGAAAGUUGUUCAAUAUCUCUACAAGAGCCUCAUGACCUAAACAAUCUACCUGUACCACAAUUAUCUCUACGACGAUCAAGUUUAAGUCUUGAACAUCGAAAUAAAUCGGCAGAUUCCAUAACGAUGAUACCGGGAGUUAUUAAUGAACAAGAUACGAACGAAGAUCUACAAUUAACGAAACGGGUUCAGGGACAAGAUCCUUUAACUCGUAAAAUUACCACGGAUGGUCUAACGAGAAGAAGGACAUUGCCAAGUAAAAAAUCGAAAUAUGGAGUUACAAGGGAAAGGGCAACAUCAACGAUUGGCAGUUCGAACGCACAAUUUGCAUCAUUAAUAAACUUACCAAAAGAAAAUAAUAAUAAUAAUUAUCAACAGCAACAAAGCAAAGAAAGAAAAACAUCACAAUUCUCUAGAAAGAAAUCCUCAUCAAAAAGAACAAGAAAUAAUAGGAGUGGUACAAGUGGUAAUAUUGAACCUGUAAAUGCUUCAAUAAAUUCGUCAUCAUCGUCAAUGAAAGGCGGACCAUCGUCAACAAAAUCGCUAUCAUCGCAAAAAUCACCAUCACUUUCAACGUUGAAUGGAAAGAAGAAAUUGGUUGACGUUGUGUCCGAUGAAAAAGAGAACGCAUCCAUAACUAGCUCAUCAAGUUCAUUUAUAGCUAAAAGACGUAAACGUAAUGACAAAAAAGGAAAAGGUGCACAAGAAGCUCAAGGAAGAAAAGAAAAAAUGACAUUUUUAUUAGAAUUAAGAAGAAAAAUGUGGUUUGGUGGAAGUAAUAGUAGCGGAGGUAAUAGCGAGGAUAGUAUCUUAAGUGUUGAAACUGUUAAUGGUAAGAAUAAUGGAGGAAAAAAAACUUUUGAAUGA